UGUUCAAACUGACGACAUAGACCAGGCCGUUCAGAGGGGAAACGAGUGCGCUGCGCCUAAAUGUCUUCCGGAAUCAAUUGUCGUGAGAUUUUCGUAUUUUUGGAAAUUUUGAUUUGGAAUCAAGCGAAACAGAGAAAUCGACAAAACAGUCAGCAUAGCAACAACAAUAGCGGCGGCAGCAAAGAGACAAUAACCAGCAACCACAAAAAUCGCUGCAACCGGAGAAGCGGCAACAACAGCAACACCAACACCAACAACAACAACAGCGCAGUGAAAGUGAUAAAGCAGCAGCAGCAGCCGAGGCAGCCCCUGCCCCUGCCCCUGACACUGCCCCUGCCCGAAGCAGGAAAAAACAAAAACUCUCGCGGCAGCAGCAGCAACAACAGCAGCAGCAGCACUACGAACAGCAGCAGCAACAAUCUGCAUAUUCUGCAAAAGGGUUGAGCCAAUGGUUGAACAAUUAAACAAGAAAUCAUUGAUAAAUCGCUUUAAAAAUACAACAAAAACAAGCUAAAACAUACGCGAACAAGUGUCUUAUUAAUAAAUAGUUAAAACAAAAACAAAAAAAAAACAAACAAACAAA